UGGCUCUCACAGUUCCCUCAGUUUGCGAGUGCACGUCAAUGGGAUGGUAGCAAUGAAGUUCCCUCUGGGCUUGAUUCUUUCCUGGACUCUGAUAAACCUUUACAGCGUUGUAGGAAAACCUGUGAUUGAACCUGCGUCAUCACAGAUUGUUGUGGAAUUGGGUAGAACUUUCAUACUUAAAUGCCGGAAUGAUGCUGGUGUGAACUGGUUCCUCGAAAGAAGUCAACGACGAAAGCUGUCAACUUGUGUAAAAAAUAGCAACAGCAGUUACUGUGAAUAUGUUAUCAAAAAUGCAACAAGCAAAAAUAUGGGUAGAUACAUUUGUGCCAGUAAAAAUGGUACAGAUGAGAGUUCAGUCUAUGUGUUUAUAAAAGAUCCAAUGAACAUAUUUCACAAAAGUGAAGUUAAAGACAUUAUAAAAAGUGCUGGUGAAAAUGCUACUAUACACUGCUUUGUGACAGAUCCUAAUGUUACAGAGUACACACUUCUUAAAUGUGAUAAACAGCCAGUUCCUCAGAAUCUCAUGUUUGUUUCCAGUGUGGAGAAGGCAAUCAUUAUUCAAAACGUGCAAACAUCAUUUUCGGGUUGCUAUUUAUGUUCUGUAAAAUAUAAUGGAGCACAACAAUUUUCUCAAAAAUAUGACUUGAAAGUACAGGAAGUCAGUGUCCAUCCUCCUGAAAUUAGUGUUUCGACUACUAGAUUAAUUGUUGUAAAAAGUGAAAAAUUUGAACUCAAAUGUAAUUUUAAAAACUUGAAUUUCAAAGUGGAUGGAGAAUGGAUAAUCCCAAAAAAUGUUAAGGAUUCUAUUCAGAUGCGCCGCACAGGAUACGUUGGAAAUUACUUUGAGGGUGAGCUAACAUUAGUUAUUGAGUCUGCAAAAGUCACUGAUUCUGGAGUUUAUACUUGUGAAGCCAAGAAUACUUUUGGAUCAUCAUCAGCUAUUGUAUUAGUGGAUGUAUUAGAGGCAGGAUUUAUUAAUAUAUCCACUCCUGAAGGUCAAGUUUUACAAAAAAAAGAAGGGGAAAGCUUAAAUUUAUCAGUGCAAUUUGAAGCUUAUCCAAGACCUGAUACAAUGAUAUGGAUGUUCAUGAAUGAAAUAAUACAGCACACAGCAGACCGCGUCAUCAUUUUGGAAGAAACUGCUUACAGAUUCACUAUCUACCUUAAUCUUGUUCGCCUCAAGAAAUCAGAAGGAGGAAUAUAUACAUUUCUGGCAUCUAAUUCAGACAUGUCAUCAAAUGUAACAUUUGUUGUACAUGUAAUAAGCAAGCCAGAAGUAAUCUCACUAGAUGAGAUAAACCCCAGCCAAGUUCACUGCAUUGCAGCUGGUUAUCCACCUCCAGAAAUAUCGUGGUAUUAUUGUUUGGGACACCAAAAGAGUCAGUGUUCUGAUCUUCCUAAUGCUACGAAAGAGGAAAGAGCAAUUAUUAACUACAUUUCAAAGAAACUGGACUUCAGUAGAACUGAAAUUCAAAGUAUAAUGAAUGUUUCAAAGAUGUACACCAACAUUACACUAGAAUGCUUAGCUCACAAUGAUAUUGGUCAAGAUCAUAGAUUAUUCAGAAUUGGAGUUAAAGAGAGACCUGUGACCCAUGAGCUGUUCACUCCUUUGUUGAUUGGGUUUGUAGCCGCUGCUGUGGUACUCUGUCUCAUCUUAGCAAUCCUUGUGUACAAAUACAUUCAGAAACCAAAGUAUGAAAUUCAGUGGAAGGUUAUAGAGGGGAUAAAUGGAAACAGUUAUGUCUAUAUUGACCCAAUGCAGUUACCAUAUGACCAUAAAUGGGAAUUCCCAAGGGACAAACUUCGAUUUGGCAAGAUACUUGGUUCUGGUGCAUUUGGAAAGGUUGUAGAAGCAACUGCUUAUGGCAUGUCAAAAGCUGACACAGUAAUGACUGUUGCUGUUAAAAUGUUAAAACCAAGUGCCCAUGCCACCGAGAAAGAAGCACUCAUGUCAGAACUGAAGGUUUUAAGUUAUCUUGGACACCAUAUGAACAUUGUAAAUCUUUUAGGAGCCUGCACAGUUGGAGGUCCAACCCUGGUAAUUACUGAAUAUUGCUGUUUUGGAGACCUGCUGAACUACCUGAGGAGGAAAAGGGACUCAUUUUUUUGUUUUAAGUUUACAGAAGAUUCACCCUACAAAAAUAUUUUAUCUGAUACAAAAAGAUCCACAAGCUACACUGAUGAUGCUAAAAAUGGCUACAUGACAAUGAGACCGGGUGUUACAGUUACAACACCUCAGAUUCCUGUCCUAGAUAAGAGGCGGUCUAUAAGAAAAGGAUCCUGCAGUGAUAAUGACAUUCUGAAUGAAAUACUGCAAGAAGAUACAAUGGCUUUGGACACUGAAGAUCUUUUAAGUUUUUCCUAUCAAGUUGCAAAAGGAAUGAGUUUUCUUGCUUCCAAAAAUUGUAUCCACAGGGAUCUUGCAGCUAGAAACAUCCUUCUUACAGAGGGAAGAGUGGCCAAAAUUUGUGAUUUUGGUUUGGCUCGGGACAUUAAAAAUGACUCCAACUACGUAGUUAAAGGAAAUGCACGUCUACCUGUAAAGUGGAUGGCACCAGAGAGUAUUUUUGAUUGUGUGUACACAUUUGAAAGUGACGUUUGGUCUUAUGGUAUAUUACUCUGGGAAAUAUUCUCUUUAGGAAGCAGCCCUUACCCAGGAAUGCCAGUAGAUUCAAAGUUCUACAAAAUGAUCAAGGAAGGCUAUAGGAUGGUUGGCCCUGAAUUUGCCCCAGCUGAAAUGUAUGAUAUCAUGAAAGCAUGUUGGGAUGCUGAUCCACUGGCAAGACCGUCUUUUGGGCAGAUUGUUGAUAUGAUUGAACGACAACUCUCAGACACCACCAAACAUAUCUAUUUGAAUUUUUCAACCAAAUUUUCAAACAGAGAAGACCUGCCUUUCCAUUCUAAGCGACUGAAUUCUGUGGUUAGUAACACAGCAUCUACUCAGCCUCUUCUUGUCGCAGAUGAUAUUUUUAUAGAGGACGAACACAGAAACAAGAGCUUAAACGUGUGACUUUUCUUUAUAUGUCCUCGGAGUGCAACUGCUUUUGAAGGGUGAUUAGAAGAAGAUUUGGUGGGAUUACAGUGUUUAACAAAUAUGCUGUUGAUGCUGUCAAACUUAAUAAAUCUUCACAGCAUAUUAUAACAAUUGUUAUGAAUAACUGUUCCAUCAAUGGAAUAGUUCUAGUCACUGUGAUUUGUGUAGUGGGAGGUAAAGGUCAUUUUCAUGAAGAAGUUGGUUUUUAAAAAUCAGCAUGUGAAGAAUAAAAAAUAUUGCAUCAAAGAAAGCUAUAUAGAUAUAAGAAUAGUGAAAAACUAGAGUUUUUGUGUAGUAUUAUUUUUAUUUUAGCACUGCUUUAUUCUUUGUGCUGAAUAUAGGAAUUAAUGAGGCAGGUAGUUUUUCAUUUUUUCUAGCUGCAUUUAUAGGUUUUUGUUCAGUUGACAGACAUUAGGAAGUCAUGAUUUGGUUUGUUCAUUUCAACAUUUUGAGGAUGUUUUAUAUUUACAGGUUCAAAUGUGCCAGGUGUUUAUCAAGUCUUACAGUUGUUUUGGCUUUUCAGUACAUACAAGAGUUUUUAGCUCAGUUAUUUUUGUCAGAGUUAACAGUUUGGGGUGCAUAGGUUGAGGUCCUUGUACUUCUCUAUGUCUUGUUUACCACAUCAGAAAGUGUGCUGCUUGUUUACCCCCUUCUUAUUUAUUGGACUUGCUGUCAUGUUCUUGUUUUGCAUAGCAUUCCAACUUUGGCUUAAGUGGAGCCAUUUGCAUAGAAGCCUGACUUCCUGAAAAAAGCUUUAUCAUGUUAAUCACUCUUAAGGACAUUUAGGCUACUGAAGGAAGAAAGUAAAUUCCCCAUCUACUUGAGCUUUCAGUCUAUGAGGCAGAAUCAAACUUGUCAAGAGGGCAUGAUUUUAGGAUGCAUAUUUAUCAUUUGAGCUUUUUGCACUUAUCAAAGGUAUUAUAUAUGUGUGUGAUACAUAUACUGUACAUAUAAAUACAUGAGAGAAAAUCCAGUAUUUUUAUAUAUUGUGUGGAUGUGUAUUUAAAAGUAUUUGGUCAUACACAACAAAACCAUUUUGGCUGUUUUGUUUCGAGUUCUCUGGAUUUGCAGUAGCUAAGGAAAGAGAGAGAGAGAUCCUAUUUAACCGCUAUAAAAGCGUCACUGGGGCAUACCAUAAGCACUGAUAACACCGUAUUAAACUCAUUACAGCAGCAUUUUGUGAAUGACUAAACAUAUUUGUCAAAAUAAAGUAGACAGCUGUUUUAAAUCAUUCCAAAUUAUGAUUGGCACCUUGCACCCAGUAUGCCUCAGAUCUUGUAACUUUAUAAACUGCCAUUAUAUUAAUGGUUGCAGUUACUGGUGCUUGAAAUGUUUUUGGCCCACUGAAACAUGUCUCAUUGAUGUAAUUUGCACAUGUAUAUUGUUGUAAAUCCUUUUUGUGAUGGCGGUUUGAAGUUUCUAUACACUGAUUAAUCAAAUCAGUGCAAAUCAUUAGAGGUCUGUUUUUCCGUUUAUCUUUAGGGCAUUGCUUCAGCUCUUUUCUUAAUGUUUAGCUUUACAUUUCAACUGUCUAACUUAACAAGAUAGAAUUAAUUGCUUUUGUUUAAUUCACUAAUAAUCAGUUUUUCUCUGAAGCUAAUUUAAAUGAAUAAGUGAUCUCACUAUCUCAAUAUCACAGACAGAUAAGUUACCAUCCUCUUAGGGAAUAUUGCAAAUGUGAUACCGUGCAGUAUGUUUCAUUGGUAAUUGUAGAUAAUUGUGUGGUUGUUUUAUUUUAACACUGCUCAGAUCUUGAAACUAUGUAUAAUUAUCUUACUAUAGACUGUUAAUAUUCAGAUUUUCAAAUCAUAAACAUCAACCUCUACAGUGUGAAAUCAGCAAAACUAGUGUUUAUGGGUUAAAACCACAGCCAUAUAGACACUGCUAUGUUAGUUUAAAUCUUGUACAGUGAGUUUGACACUGGCAGUUUUUUCCUGUAGAUUCUGUAAUAU